UUGGAAUGGGUGUCCGAGAAAAAAUUGAUUAUAAAAAAGAUGGCUAGUUUUUAGAGCAUUUCUUUCAUUCUCUCUUUGGCCAAUGGCUAGCUUAGCUAGGAGAGAAGAUAUAAUGCUUAUAAAUAAAAAGUACCCAAAUGGCCUUUUUCCUCCUCUUCUUUUUUGCCUGAUUUCCCCCUCCAAAUACUUUACUCGGCACUACCACCGACUUGUUUUGGGUUUAAAAGGAUGGCGUCGACCGUUGAAUGGCGGACGUCGGGCACAAAAAAAGGAAAGGGGUUUAAGUCUAGUAGAUGCUUCUUUCUUUUAGUUAUAUCCGCCCCCUCCCUCCACCCGCUGUUCGCUUUCUUUUCGAACCUUUUCAUCCCCAAUUACAACCGGCAGCCGGCCGUUGCCUAUACUUUGCCGACCAUUCGAAGAUUUUCUUCUCAUCUGUCCAUUUCUUUCCUUUUUUCACUCAUUCAAUGUGGCGGCUAUUUCAUGGCCGUCCAGCGUCUCUCCGUGUUAGUGCCCGCCUAA